UGCUCAGGAGGAUUCCUCUGCCCUCUGCAGGAUUCGCACCGGCAACCUUCCAGCCACAGGCACAGAUCCUUGGCCACAGACUGACCUAAUAAGGCUGAUAGACAUAUGAUGCUGAUGCUGAUCUUCCAGUAACAUAUUAUUUCUUUGGGGCAGAUCUUGUAACAUGGUCAAGAAUUCUUUCCUUGUCCUUCAAAAUCAUUUCUGUUAAGGACAUAUUUAGAUCUUGGUAACACCCAGUUUUGCAUUGUAGUUGGGCCUUACCCAGACUUUGUCUAAUUUCAUUUCCUGCAUUACAUGUUUUGCAGUUCUUGGAGGCACAAAUAUCACUUCUGUCGUUAUGCGAGUAUCUGUCAUUCAGUGUUGCAAAAAUCUGAUGCUAUGAAUAUCCGAUCAUCUGCAGGACAAAGUUGUUCUGCAGUUUAUAACUACAACUGAAUAUUCACAAGCCAAAAGUGAAGAAUGGUAUUUCAAUGAGAAUUCAUUUGUAAAUGAAGCGUUUGUAAGUCAGGGAGUGUCUGUAUACAGGUAUCUAAAUCACUGAAUAGAUCAAGAAGAGAACUGAGCCUAAACCAGAUAUCUGCAACACACUGCAGCUUGCAUAUGCCCAAUCAGAUGUUAUUUCCCUUGAAAUUACACACUGUUUCUGGUUUGCUAGCUAGUUAUGGGAAUUAUGGGAUUUCGAUAGGUUUUACUUCAUUUUUAGUUCACUGUACGCUCCAGAGAACUGGCAUUAAGGCAUCAUUGAUUGGUCCAAAUAAUGUUGUGUAAAGAGUAUAAGAAAGACUACAAAAGAAAACAGGCCUUUUGGACCACAUUACAUGUUUGGUUCCUAGUAGCUUAUUGAUCCCAGGAUCUCAUCCAGCCUUCUUGAAGGAUACUAAGGAAUCUUCUUCAGUCAAAAUGGACAGAUUGUGAGAAAACAACAGAGGAAAUAUUUGGGUUAAUGCCUGGCACUGCAACAGCACAUAGAGAUGUAAUGUCUCAGCAGUUCAGAAGUGUUGUUGUGGAUCUCCAUUCUACAGAAAAUGCAGAGCAUUUUUUUGAGUACCGGAGUGACAGGAUAAUUGCACAGUCUAGAGAACUGGAAUUCAACAGGGAUGAAUAUGGCUCAUCAGCCAUGUCCCCUUCUCCAGUUGCCAAAGCAUCGGUGACCUCCUGUGUAGAAGAAAAAGUAAAACCAUUUGUGAAAAAAGAGACAUGUUUCCCAUUCUCAUGCUUGCCAGAAUCACAGAUAAUAGGCCUAGAACCCCAGUGUUGUAGGCAGGUAGCUGGGGCUGCUUCAGAAAAAUGUCCAUCAGCUUCAGUGUCUGGUUUGGAGCCGCAGUACAGUUUGUCAUGCCAGGCUGCUAAGGAUCUACUGUCGGUUAGCCAUGUUAAUUUAUCAAAUCCAACAGGGUCCUCCAGCACUGUGACAGAUACUGAAGCAUGUACACAGCAAAUGAGAAAUGUGACGGAUAGAAAGCCUUCCUCUGCAAAACAACUCUCAUGGAUAACCAUUAACAGAAGAAACCAUUAUGGGGAGACCAUACUCUUUAAAGCUGUGCAAAAUGGGGACAGAGAUCUGGUCAAAGAGAUUAUAAAGGCUGGUGGCAAAGUUAAUGUCACUGACUACGCAGGAUGGACCCCACUGCAUGAAGCCUGUUUAUCUAGUUCCUAUGAAAUGGCUGAAGAGCUGCUGAAACAGGGAGCAAACGUGAACUGUGGAGGAAGAAUGGGCAUGACACCCUUGCAUGAAGCAGUCAACUGUGGAAACUAUUGGAUGGUGCGGCUUCUCUUGCUUUAUGGGGCUGAUCCGUCAAUUGAGAACGAUGCUGGGGAGACUGCAAUAGGACAAGCCACAGAUGAGUUGAGGAAACUCAUUGAGAAGUAUUCACCCGAAGAUAACAGCAGAUCAGAAAAAGGAAAAACAGACUUUUUUGAAGUACUUGGUGGAGAGGUGUGCAGCAGAAGGGAGACGGUAAACACUGAUGGGACAGAUCUGUGCUCUGUAUCAGUCACUGAUGGACAUGGCCAGAGGACACAGGCAGACGCAUACAGGGAAUGCAGCAGCAGUGCUGCAGUUCCAAAUAAGUCAAAGUCUCAGAAAAAUACAGGAAGUAACAGACAACCAUUUAGAACAAAAACCGGGAAGAGUCUAGUUGUCACUUCCAUAAACAGAAGAAAUUAUUUUGGAGAGACCUUGCUUCUCCGGGCCGUGCAGGAUGGUGACACCCAGUUAGUAUCUGAAAUGCUGAAAGUUGGUGCCAAUGCCAACAGAGCAGACAAUGCAGGCUGGACUCCACUUCAUGAGGCAGUUUCAGGAAAUCAUUAUGAGAUGGUCUUUGAUCUUCUGAAUGCUGGGGCCAUUGUGAACUGCAAAGCAGAGCAUGGCACGACUCCCCUUCAGAUUGCUGUUCAAAGAGAAAAUCAUAAGAUUAUACAGCUUCUGUUAAGCAGUGCUGCUGAUCCACUGUUGAAAGACGAGCAAGGGAUAUCGGCACUAGAACAAACAAAUGAAAUUUCCCUGAAGAAGCUUAUGAAAAGUUAUUUGUGCCCAGCUAAAAGAGAGUCGGAGUCAGGGAAAUCCCUGUUAAACAGCACUGAUAAUAUAGAAAGAAGUGAUGGAAAACAAUUAACACAAAGGCAGAAAAAAAGGAAGGAAGAUAGUGCUGUUGUGCUGAAAAAACCUACUCCCCUCAGUGGAGCACAGAAAGUUGGAGGCAGUUGCUUUAUAGAAGUAAAAGAGAAAGUUAACAGAAAUGUAGGAAAUAAACCCUGUAGAUGGGAUUUAAGAAGUGGAAGUGUAAAACUGAAGGAGAAAUCUGCAGACUCUAAACCCACUCAGAAGAAUACCAUCACUAUGGAAUUGUCGAUGCAUCAUGCAAAGGUUGACAUGCAGCCUGCAAAGAAUAUCUGUAGCACUAUAGGUUGUAAGGGGCCACCAGUUCCUUCAAACAGAAGGAAAUCAUGGCGGGACAGUGAGAAUGGGAAUAAGAAUGUGAGCAACACAUCCUCACUUUCGCCCACUCCCAGUCGAUGUGAGCAAGACGAAAAAAGUGCACGAGAACAAAGGAAAGAUUUGAAUUUCAGUUUUGAUUUGACUUCCAGCAUUAAGGGGAAAUUAGAGGUCAUUCGCUCUGAAGUAGAAACAACAGGGGAAGGUAAUGGUGGGCUUUGCAGCUUUACAAGCCAGCCAAGUAUAUGUGAGAGAGAGGAAUCCAUUAAACGUUGUGCUGUGGAACACACACUCUGUUCUGAAAGCAACAAAGCUGACGUGAUAAUUGACAAACAACUUGAUAUAGCUCAGCACAGUGAAACCCCUAGUCCCUUGCCUGAUGCAUUUGCAAUGAAAUUAACCCCAGUAAUCCCCUCAGGAAGUAAGAAGGGGAAAGAAUAUGAAACCGGAUCUGCUCUGGAUACCAAAGACCAAAAACCUUCAGAGGAAAACAGUGAGAUGGCAAAUGCAGAUUAUGGUUGUACAGACAGUGACUGUGAAAGUGAUGAUACCUUGGAUUUCGCUAAAAAGGUUUUUUUUUCGGAUGACCAGUCAGAUGAUUGGUCAAUCACGGCGACACAAGACUUUGUUGGAAAGAGAGAAAUGAGAGAUGAAAAUGAUAGCGAUGACAAUAGUGAAGGAGGAUACACUAAAGAAAGAGAUUACAAGAGUGCUUUUGGAAUUUUACCUGUGACCUUUGAGCCACUAGAUGAUUUUAGUAAUUCUGUGCUGGAGCCAAUUUCACCAUUUAGGCCUGUAGGUCUGAAUGGUUUACAAGAUGAAGCCAGUGAUAAUGAAACAGAUACAGUUAAUGAUACAUCUUUAACAAGUAGGCAACCAGUUGAAUUGUCUGUAGCUCCCAGUACUAGUCAAACCUAUGUACUGUUAUGGCACUAGCAUCCUUCACUUACAAUUAAUAAUAAAUGUUCAGGAUAAAUUCAGUAAAAUCAUCCAAACCGUAAUUACUGAUUAUAUGGUUACGACAUACUCCCUUGGAAACCUCCUGCAGAGAUUGACUGUUGCAAAUACAUUUUCUUUAAAAUAAUUAUUAGUUUUUCCACUUAAAAAAAAAACUCUAAUUCUUUUGUCUUCAGCUAAAGUAUUUUUGUCACAUAGGUAAGGUUUAAGUCAUGAAGAAGACUUGUCAUUCUCUAAAAAGAUUAAUUUUGCUUCUGCACAUAUUACAUGAUAUGUGAUUUAUGCUGUAACCUAAAAAAAUUAAUGUUCAGAAAUGUGUUCAUGUGUUGGUGGUUUCAGAUGUAAUGUAGUUCUGCAUAAAGCAUUAUGCAUAUGUUUACUAAAACCUGUUACCUGUAUGUUUACUAAAUGUGUUUUUUUCUUAAAGCAGUUAAAGGAACCUGUUAAAGCGUUUGUAUAUUUUACAGCUGCAGUUUUGUAAGCUAUAGUAUUUUAUAUUAUUGAAAAAGUGAAUAGAAAUUUCAUAUAUCUGUGGAAAUUAUUCUGGUUAUUCAUAUUUUUUGUCCAUUACCCUUUAGUAUUCAGAAAAAAAUGUUACUCAGGAAACUGUUGACUGUUCA